GAAUCGAAUAGAUUUCAAUUUUUUAAAGAAUGUGUUGCUCCACGUGUUGAGAAAAUCACAUUGAUUACAGACAAUGACAUUGAUGAAAAAAGCCUAAUUCAACCAUAUAGUUUAUACAACUUGAAACAUUUAACUUGGGAAUUGCAGAAAAAACAGCCCAUAAAUAAGUUAUUAAGCAACUUUAAACAUCUUGAAAGCCUAACUUUAGAAUUAUCGUUCGAUACAGUUGAUGAUUAUAGUGAAUUGGAUGCUGUUCAACAUGAACAACUCAAAGAGCUGCACAUUCUUGUUCAGGCAGUACCUGAUGAUAUUUUCAUUAAAAUGAAUAAAGCAUUUCUAAGUGGAUUACAAAAUCUGGAAGUCUUUGAGUUUAAUGGAGGAUUUAAAGACGAAAAUGUUCAUCUGUAUAUAGAUAAGCAAAUGUUUCAAGGAUUGCCAAAAUUAUCAAAGAUUAUUUUGAUAAACGGAAUAAUCACCAUCGAAAAUGAUCAUUUUCAAAAUUUGACAAAUUUGAAAUUUCUAAGCUUUACGACUACAUUAGAAUUUGGAUAUAAAAUAUUGAGCUCAGAAACCUUACGAAAUAAUUUGGAGCAUUUGGUAAUAACUCCUCCAUAUUAUUUCCAAACAGAUGAUGUGAAGCAAUAUUUAGCUACCUAUAAAAAGCUUCAAAUUAUUGAGACGCUCAAAGAUUAUCAUUAUCAAUUUUUCAAUGACAAUAUAACAGCGUUUAUAUGCGUACAAAAAGAGAGAACUUGUCAAUUCAUUUCGGGCAUAAAUAAUGUCACCUGUCCGCAUUUUUGUGACUGCAUUUUGGAUCGUUUAGAAAUGCGCUUUGAUAUUUCAUGUCAUCACUAUUAUGUUAAGAUUCCCGUAUUGCCGAUUCCAAUUAUUGGCAACACUACUCUCAAAUUUAAUAACAACAACAUUACAAUUGAAAAAUUACAAGAGUUUUUGCAAUUAGAAUUCCGCUUAUUCGCGAACACAAAGACUGAACCUAAUUGUUGUUGUUACAAACGACGAAAACGAAAACGGAGUAAAUGA